CUCUGAGGUUCUGGUUUGCGGGGCUUGCGUUGAGCACGAACAUCCAGGCUCGUGUUGCGACAUUGAUGUCCCAAAUCCCAAAUCCUGGGCGCGCGAGGGCUAGAUCCACGCGUCAGAGGGACACCUGGGAGCCCCGAACCAGAGGAUGUGCGAGUGCGGAAUGUGGUCCGCUUUGUUUCGGAGGUUAGCAUUGAAUCUGCUUCACAAGGGUGUACAUUCCAGAGCAAGCGUGGCAGAAACGACACCGCGCCACACAAGGCGUGUUGUAGGCAUAUUCCGGCUCCAGGACCUGGCCAUCCAUCCCCCCAGAUUCCCCUGCUCGCCAAAUGCUCUCCGUCUUCUUCCACUGUCACUCCGUACCAAACCGCUGCCCCUCUGCCAAAUGUAUCGCUGCCACUGCGUUUCGUCGCGUUCACUAGCAGUGUCGAUCGAGUCGAUUUCGGGUGUUUGUAGCUGCCGGUUCGCGGCUUGGGCGUCGCCGACAACUGGGUCAUGCCUCAAAUCUGGCGGUGGUGAGACUCUUUCUCCGCAAGGUGCAGGAUCGGUGAAGUGAUUUUCAAGGGCCGUGGACCAUCUUUGCGGGGUUUUUCUGUGCUCGAUCGCAGUGCAGCACUUGGCGGUUCGCAGGUUUUGAAAACUUUUAGCUAAGCUUGAUGUUUCUUCGCGACCUGUGGCGUUGGUGGAUAGUGUUAAGUGCAUCGGAAAUAUUUCUGCUAAAAUUCUCUACGCGAGAGGGGCGCUGUUGGCUUCUCUAGCCUCCGCUUGAUCGCAUUUCCUUCAGUUUUGAAAUACUUUCCACACAAGUUGCAACCGACUCGGUGUUCGAUCUUUAUCGGCUUCGGCUAGCAAGUUUCGUGCUACUUGCCAAAGAAAGUGCUGGGAAAGCAGGAAACGUGGUUUCAUGCACCAUCAGAAAUCAUAACUCUCUUCUGCAUAGCCAAUAUGAACAUCUGAUCUCUUCCUCAAUAAUUUCCUAAGAUUGGUAUUCGUUUCUCACAGUGUUUGCAUGAUUUCCUAUCAAGACCGUGAGAUAAACCUCUGACAAUUGCAAGCCAAUUUCUGUGAGGCUGGUUGUGAGAAAGAGGGGUAGCACUCAAGCCAUUUUGCUUCACUGUGGGUCCUGUGUGGCGGCAUAUGGUACAUUACAGACGCUGUAAUGGUGUUCAUAUCACUCUGCUGUUUGCGUCCUUAUUCCAGAGAUUCCUAGAGCCAUUCUUAAUCCUCGAGUGUUGCAAGUCUAGUCCUAGACAGGACAUUACAACACCUCCGCAACGUCAACCUGUUUUCAAGUUCGUCAAAAACUAUGUGUUCCUACACUUUGGUGAAGUGAUCUCUUAAGCUUGAGUUCAAAAAGGAACACAUUACAAGUAUAAGGUCCAGUCCUGUCUCAGAAUAUCCUUCAAAUUCUCUCAUUGGUAGCCAUUAACGAAGGGAACUCAGCGACGAUGUACCAGAUGAAGAAGUAUUCGAGCCUGACAGUGGUGCCACCGCAAGGACAGCAACACCUAAUGACCAGCCCUCAUAACCAAGACCACAGGUCGUCGUCUCCCUAUGGCGUCGUUCUCAUGUCCGCCGGGGAAGUGAGCCCCGUGGAUCCCAAACCUCGGCUGCGAUGGACCUCGGAGCUGCACGAGCGCUUCGUGGACGCUGUGACGCAGCUGGGUGGUGCUGAUAAGGCUACACCGAAGUCUGUGAUGAGGGUUAUGGGAGUGAAGGGUCUUACGCUCUACCAUUUGAAGAGCCAUCUCCAGAAAUACCGAUUGGGGAAGCAGCAAAGUCAAAGGGAGGCUAGUGGACAUGAAUUACCUUACAAGGACGCAAGUCAUGGUACAUCGAAUUCAUGGUCUUCUGUGGAACUCCGCAUGCAGGGAACAAGCACCGGUGCAUCUGAUGGGCCUCCCCCUACUCCAACGUCGCAGGAUCCUCAAAACAACGCAAAGAUCAAUGAAGCUUUACGUUUGCAAGUGGAAGCUCAACGUCGACUCCAGGAACAACUUGAGGUUCAAAAAACACUUCAACUGCGGAUCGAAGCACACGGGAAAUACUUGCAAACCAUCUUGGAGAAGGCCAAAGAGACGCUAGUCAGCCACAUGACUUCACUAGCUCCGGACUUGCAAGCCGCACACGCAGAGCUCACAGAUUUAGCUUCCUACGCUUCUCUAGUGCCCCCACAUCUAGACGGAGUGCACCCUUCGGGACCAUUCUCUCACGCCCCUGACCCGACCCACCAAUCCGGCCGCAUCCCAAACACCUCGUGCCAGAAGAGCCAUAGUCUCCCGCACCUCAGCGCAAUGCAGGAUGGUGAGCUUCGUGUCUCCAGUGCAGGAAUAGUCGAUCAAACAACCGCCGCAUUAGCUAACCAGGGGUGGUCACCGACGGCACCCAAGCAUUCAGCCUGAUGCGCACCCCGAAACCUCGCACUGUGCACAGUCUCGACGCGCCUCACUCAACCUCGGACCUGUGAAGAAACCCACAUCAUCAUCCUCACGGACAUGAGUGGGACUCCAGUUGCGUGGCUCCAGACUCAGCUCUUCGCGCACACAACUUACUCCGAUCACCUGGAUGAUAGCCUUUGCGGGCGAUUGUGCAACAAAAACCAAAAAUAAACACCAUACAAACAGGUGGGAACCUUAUCACAGUUUCGGCAUAUGUCCACUGAUUUGUGCGUCGCCCAGUUUCAGUUCCUGCUGUUGCAGCAUUUGCUGGUUUCUAGUUCUUCGAUCUUUGUCUCUGAAUCUGUUCACUACAUGUCGUGUAGACACUCUAUUAUAUGAAAUCUUCUCCCACUUUUCUGUCUCAGGAUUAUCGAAACUUUUAGAGGUUUGCUGAGUAGAAUCAAGCGCAGUUCUGCAACCUGAUGUGGUCGCCACCACACCCUCUGCAGCAAAUGGUAGUAAAUUCCUUGUGUUUAUCAUAGAUCUGGGUGUCUUAUCAUAUGAGUUUAACUUGUAAUUUUAGUAAUAACAAAAGCUGAGUAUCUUCGUUACA